AUAUGGCUGUGGAUUAGCUGUAUGCUAAUAUUGCUAGGAGAUGAGUCGCCCAGCACGCUGAGCUGCCAGUGGAGGCAAGCAGAGUCUUAGCAGAGCUGACUCCUCAAGAGCCAUGGCUGAAGGGGGCGAAGUGGAGGAUGAGAUACAAUUCCUCCGCACUGAUGAUGAAGUUGUCCUUCAGUGCAUUGCAACCAUCCAUAAGGAACAGAGGAAAUUUUGUUUGGCAGCUGAGGGACUUGGGAAUCGACUUUGCUUCUUGGAGCCAACAUCAGAAGCCAAAUAUGUCCCUCCUGACCUGUGCAUAUGUAAUUUUGUGCUGGAGCAGUCCCUCUCUGUCAGAGCCCUUCAGGAAAUGUUGGCAAACACAAUAGCAAAUAGCAAUGAAGGGACUAGUGACCUCUCAAGAUGGGCAUCACAAGGAGGCGGACACAGAACUUUACUCUAUGGCCAUGCAAUCUUACUUAGACAUUCAUUUAGUGGAAUGUACUUGACAUGUUUGACUACAUCCAGAUCUCUCACAGACAAACUUGCAUUUGAUGUUGGACUGCAGGACACAGCAACAGGAGAAGCUUGUUGGUGGACAAUACAUCCUGCAUCCAAACAGAGAUCUGAAGGAGAAAAAGUUCGAAUUGGAGAUGAUCUGAUUUUAGUCAGUGUUUCUUCUGAAAGAUACCUACAUCUCUCCAUAUCCAAUGGAAUGGGAAAUAUUCAGGUGGAUGCUUCUUUUAUGCAAACACUGUGGAAUGUCCAUCCUACGUGCUCCGGGAGCAGUGUGGAGGAAGGGUAUCUUCUUGGUGGACAUGUUGUCAGGUUUUUCCAUGGUCAUGAUGAAUGUUUGACGAUUCCAUCUACCGACCCAGCAGAGGCCCAGCAUAGGAAAGUAAAUUAUGAAGCAGGUGGAGCAGGUAUUCGCGCCAGAUCAUUAUGGAGAGUGGAACCCCUCAGAAUCAGUUGGAGUGGAAGUCACAUCCGAUGGGGGCAGACAUUCCGCCUUCGCCAUAUUACAACUGGCCAGUAUUUGGCACUGACAGAGGACCAAGGACUAGUGCUACAAGACCGAGCAAAGUCGGAUACUAAAUCAUCAGCUUUCUGCUUCAGAGCAUCCAAAGAAAAAUUGGAUUCUGGGCCUAAGCGAGACAUCGAUGGAAUGGGAGUAGCAGAAAUAAAAUAUGGGGAUUCUAUUUGCUUUAUCCAGCAUGUUGACAGUGGCCUGUGGCUGACCUACAAAGCCCAAGAUGCCAAAACAGCAAGACUAGGACCACUUAAAAGAAGAGCAAUCCUGCACCAGGAAGGUCAUAUGGACGAUGGCGUUACCUUACAGAAGUGCCAGCAUGAAGAGUCCCAGGCUGCUAGAAUCAUUCGUAACACCACAGGCCUGUUUAGUCAGUUCAUUAGCGAUUUGGAUUCUCUAACGGGGAACAAUCGGACAGUAACAGCCCCCGUCGCCCUGCCUAUUGAGGAGGUAGUUCAAACCCUGCAAGACUUGAUUGCUUAUUUUCAGCCUCCAGAGGAAGAUCUAGAACAUGAAGAUAAACAAAAUAAACUCCGUUCACUAAAGAAUAGGCAGAACCUUUUCAAAGAGGAGGGAAUGCUGGCUUUAGUACUAAAUUGCAUUGAUCGCCUAAAUGUGUACAGCAGUGCGGCACACUUUGCUGAAAUUAUUGGAGAAAAAGCAGGGCCAGCAUGGAAAGAAAUACUGAACCUCUUCUAUGAAUUGCUAGCUGCCCUGAUUCGUGGAAAUAGGAGCAACUGCGCACAAUUUUCCUAUAAUCUCGAUUGGCUUAUUAGUAAACUAGAACGUCUUGAGUCUUCUUCAGGAAUAUUGGAGGUUCUGCACAGUAUCUUGAUUGAAAGCCCAGAGGCUUUAAACUUAAUAGAGAAAAGACACAUUCGCUCUGUCAUUUCCCUGUUGGACAAGCAUGGAAGAAACUACAAGGUCCUGGAUGUCCUUUGCUCUCUGUGUGUUUGCAAUGGAGUUGCAGUACGUACCAAUCAGAACCUAAUAUGUGACAACUUGCUGCCCAGGAGAGAUUUAUUGUUACAAACCCGCUUGGUUAAUGAUGUCACCAGUAUGAGACCAAACAUCUUCCUGGGUGUGGCAGAUGGCUCAGCUCAAUACAAAAAGUGGUACUUUGAGAUGAUUAUUGAUCAAGUAGAUCCCUAUUUGACACCAGAGCCAACUCAUUUGCGCGUCGGCUGGGCUUCAACCUCAGGUUACGCUCCAUAUCCUGGAGGAGGUGAAGGAUGGGGAGGCAAUGGUGUAGGUGAUGACCUUUUCUCCUAUGGCUUUGAUGGUCUUCACUUAUGGUCUGGUCGAGUACCAAGAGCAGUGGCUUCAAGUAACCAGCAUUUACUAGCUUCUGAUGACGUGGUCAGCUGCUGCUUAGACCUAGGCGUGCCCAGCAUUUCAUUUCGCAUUAACGGCCAACCUGUCCAAGGCAUGUUUGAAAACUUCAAUACUGAAGGCUUAUUUUUUCCAGCAGUGAGCUUCUCUGCUGGAGUCAAGGUUCGCUUUCUUCUUGGUGGCCGGCAUGGUGAAUUCAAGUUUUUACCUCCUGCUGGCUAUGCUCCAUGCUAUGAAGCCUUAUUACCAAAAGAGAAGAUGAGAGUGGAGCCUGUGAAAGAGUACAAGAGGGAUUGUGAAGGAGUUCGAGAUUUGUUGGGCACAACGCACUUUCUUUCACAAGCCUCAUUCAUCCCAUGUCCUAUUGACACCAGCCAGAUUGUUUUACCACCUCACCUUGAGAAGAUUCGAGACAAGCUAGCAGAAAAUAUUCAUGAACUUUGGGGCAUGAACAAAAUUGAGCUUGGAUGGAUUUAUGGAAAGGUGCGAGAUGAUAAUAAACGCCAGCAUCCUUGCUUGGUAGAAUUCUCAAAGCUACCAGAAACAGAGAAGAACUACAAUCUACAAAUGUCAACAGAGACUUUAAAAACUUUACUUGCUCUGGGAUGUCUCAUUGUUCACUCAAAUCAAACAGCUGAAGAAAAUCUUAAGAAAGUAAAACUCCCAAAAAACUAUGUGAUGUCCAAUGGCUACAAACCUGCCCCGUUGGACCUAUCUGAUGUAAAACUGUUACCAGCCCAGGAAGUUCUUGUUGAUAAACUUGCAGAGAAUGCACACAAUGUCUGGGCUAAAGACAGGAUAAAACAAGGAUGGACCUAUGGCAUUCAGCAGGACCUGAAGAACAAACGAAACCCUCGCUUGGUGCCAUAUGCUUUACUAGAUGAACGGACUAAAAAGUCUAAUAGAGACAGCUUGCGUGAAGCUGUGAGAACAUUUAUUGGCUAUGGCUAUAAUAUCGAACCGCCAGACCAAGAAAUCACUGACCAAAUGACGUCGCGAAUCAGCAUUGAUAAGAUUCGCUUCUUUAGGGUGGAGCAGACAUAUGCUGUCAAAUCUGGGAAGUGGUAUUUUGAAUUUGAAGUGGUGACUGGAGGUGAUAUGCGAGUAGGCUGGGCUCGACCCACUUGCAGGCCAGAUCUUCAACUUGGAGCAGAUGAUCGGGCAUUUGUAUUUGAAGGAAGCAGAGGCCAGUGCUGGAACAUGGGAAGCUCUUUUUUUGGUCGCAACUGGCAACCAGGAGAUGUGGUGGGAUCCAUGAUUAAUUUGGAUGAUAAAUCUAUGAUUUUCACAUUAAAUGGGGAACUUCUAAUAACUAAUCAAGGGUCUGAACUGGCAUUUGCAGAUUUUGAAAUUGAAAAUGGUUUUGUUCCGGUCUGCUCUUUGGGACUGUCUCAGAUUGGUCGCAUGAAUCUAGGAAAAGAUGCCAGUACCUUCAAAUACUACACAAUGUGUGGUCUUCAGGAGGGCUUUCAACCAUAUGCUGUAAAUAUGAACAGAGAGGUUGCCAUGUGGUUCAGCAAACGCUUACCUACCUUUGUCAAUGUGCCAAAAGAUCAUCCUCACAUUGAGGUGACAAGAAAAGAUGGUACUGUGGAAAGCCCUCCAUGCUUAAAGGUUACACACAAAACCUUUGGAACCCAGAACAGUAAUGAAGACAUGAUAUACUGCAGGCUGAGUAUGCCUGUUGAGUUCCAUUCUGCCUUCAUCAAUGAAGAAAAUUUCCAAAAGAGAAACCAGUUGCAGGAUGCAUCUUCACAUACUACCACGUUGUAUUAUUAUUCUGUACGAAUAUUUGCUGGUCAAGAUCCCUCUUCUGUAUGGGUAGGAUGGGUGACUCCUGACUACCACUUCUAUAGUGAGAAUUUUGACUUAAGCAAGAACUGCACUGUGACUGUCACUUUAGGAGAUGAACGGGGCAGAGUGCAUGAAAGUGUAAAACGUAGCAAUUGUUACAUGGUGUGGGGAGGGGACCUCUCCACGGGCUCUCAGAGGUCAGGCCGCAGCAAUGUAGAUAUAGACAUUGGGUGCCUUGUUGAUCUGUCUACAGGGCUGCUUUCAUUUACAGCUAAUGGAAAAGACCUCGGAACCUGCUACCAGGUUGAACCAAACACCAAGCUGUUUCCAGCAGUCUUUCUGCAGCCAACUAGCACUAAUCUCUUUCAGUUUGAACUUGGAAAAUUAAAGAACACCAUGCCACUAUCAGCUGCAAUUUUUAAGAGUGAAGAGAAGAAUCCUGUUUCACAGUGUCCACCUCGUUUGGAUGUGCAGACUAUAACCCCAGUGCUAUGGAGUCGCAUGCCGAACAUUUUCUUGAAAGUGGAGACAGAACGUGUCAGCGAACGUCACGGCUGGGUGGUGCAAUGCCUAGAACCCCUGCAGAUGUUGGCCUUGCAUAUACCUGAAGAGAAUCGGUGUAUUGACAUCCUGGAACUGUCUGAGCAAGAAGAUCUCAUGAAAUUUCAUUACCACACUCUUAAACUAUACUGUGCUGUAUGUGCACUGGGUAACAACCGUGUUGCACAUGCCUUGUGCAGUCAUGUGGAUCAGUCCCAGCUACUCUAUACUAUUGAUAACCAGUACCUGCCUGGCCUCUUGCGUUCUGGUUUCUUCAACCUUCUUAUCAGCAUCUACCUGGAGUCUGCCAAGGAGGGCAAGCUUAUGAUGAACAAUGAAUUUAUCAUACCCAUCACUGAUGAGACAAGGCAAAUUCGACUGUUCCCUGAUGAGUCAAAGAGGCAUGGCUUACCUGGUGUUGGUCGUAGUACUUGUCUGAAGUCAGACCUUCAUUUUACAGCACCUUGCUUUGUGCUGACCGGAGAGGAGAGGCAACAGCAUGGACCGGAAAUUCCAGUGGAUAUUCUUAAGUCCAAAGCUAUUAGCAUGCUUACAGAGGCUGUGCAGAGCAGUGGGGAUCACAUCAGAGACCCUGUUGGGGGAAAAGCAGAGUUCCAGUUUGUGCCAGUACUCAAGCUUAUUGCCACUCUUCUUAUUAUGGGAGUAUUCGAGGAUGAGGAUGUGCGUCAGAUUCUACUGCUCAUUGACCCAAAUGUAUUUGGUGACCACAAGGAAGAGGAAGCAGAGGAGAAUGGGGAGAAGGAAGAUGUUGCUCAGGUUGAAGAGAAAGCUGUAGAGGCUGGUGAGAAACCAACAAGAGAUGCCAAGGCUCCUGCCAAGGGUUUACUGCAGACUCGACUUCCAGAGUCUGUAAAACUCCAGAUGUGCGAACUUCUUCAUUACUUCUGUGACUGUGAGCUGAAACACCGCGUGGAAUCCAUUGUUGCCUUUUCAGAUAAAUAUGUUUCAAAGUUGCAAUACAACCAGAAAUUCCGAUACAAUGAGCUUAUGCUGGCAUUGAACAUGUCAGCAGCUCUAACUGCCAAAAAGACUAGGGAAUUUCGUUCUCCUCCACAGGAACAGAUUAACAUGCUUCUGAAUUUCCAAAUGCAAGAAGAGAGCCCUUGCCCAGAGGAAAUACGGGAUGAGCUAUAUGAGUUCCAUGAAGAUCUUCUCAUACACUGUGGUAUUCCUCUUGAGGAAGAAGAAAAGGAGGAGGAAGAUACAUCGUGGACAGGUCGCCUUCGAUCUCUAGUAUAUAGGAUCAAGGGUCGGCCAAAGGCAGAAGAGCAAGCACCUGCAGAGGAGGAGGAGAAGUCUCCUACCACACUAAAAGAGCUCAUCUCACAAACAAUGGUGCGCUGGGCACAAGAAGAUCAUAUCCAAGACCCCGAGCUUGUGCGUAUCAUGUUUAGCCUGCUCCGCCUACAGUAUGAUAGCAUUGGAGAGUUAUUACGGGCGAUGCGGAAAACUUAUACGAUCAGUGCUGCAUCUGUGGAAGAUACCAUCAACCUCUUGGCUUCCUUGGGUCAAAUACGGUCCCUCUUAAGUGUGCGUAUGGGCAAGGAGGAGGAGAUGCUCAUGAUUGAUGGCUUAGGUGACAUUAUGAACAACAAGGUCUUCUAUCAGCAUCCAAACCUGAUGCGUGUUUUAGGGAUGCAUGAGACUGUUAUGGAGGUAAUGGUGAAUGUGCUAGGAGGAGACAAGUCUCAGCAAAUUGCUUUUCCCAAGAUGGUGGCAAGCUGUUGCAGAUUCCUCUGCUAUUUUUGUAGGAUUAGUCGGCAAAAUCAAAAGGCAAUGUUUGAGCAUCUAGCCUACCUACUGGAGAACAGUAGUGUCGGUUUAGCAUCUCCUUCUAUGAGAGGGUCUACACCACUAGAUGUCGCUGCUGCAUCUGUAAUGGACAACAAUGAGCUUGCUUUGGCUUUGCAAGAACCAGACCUGGAGAAGGUUGUGACAUAUUUGGCAGGUUGUGGACUGCAGAGCUGUCUAAUGUUAAUAACCAAAGGAUACCCAGAUAUUGGAUGGAAUCCUAUAGAGGGAGAGCGUUACCUAUCAUUCCUACGUUUUGCUGUCUUUGUAAACUGUGAGAGUGUUGAAGAAAACGCCAGUGUGGUGGUGAAGCUACUAAUCCGUCGCCCAGAGUGUUUUGGACCUUCCCUUAGAGGAGAAGGGGGCAAUGGUUUGUUGGCAGCUAUGCAGGAGGCUAUUAACAUCUCUGAGAACCCAGCUUUGGACCUUCCUUCUCAGGGGUAUCAGAGGGAAGUGGUCGAGGAAGAUGAAGAAGAAGAAGAGAUUGUACACAUGGGAAAUGCUAUAAUGUCAUUUUAUUCUGCACUCAUAGAUUUGCUGGGACGUUGUGCACCAGAACCACAUUUGAUCCAAGCUGGUAAAGGUGAAGCCAUUCGAAUACGCGCCAUUCUGCGAUCACUCGUACCUACGGAAGAUCUUGUUGGGAUUAUUAGUAUCCCUCUAAAGCUGCCUGCUUUUAACAAAGAUGGCACAGUGUUUGAACCGGACAUGGCUGCCAGUUUUUGCCCUGAUCACAAGGCCCCCAUGGUGCUUUUCCUGGACCGUGUCUAUGGCAUCAAGGACCAAAGCUUCCUUCUCCAUCUGCUAGAGGUGGCAUUUUUACCUGACCUAAGAGCAUCGGCAUCACUUGAUACAGCUUCCCUGAGUGUCACUGAGAUGGCUCUUGCUUUGAACCGAUAUAUCUGCUCUGCGGUACUCCCAUUGCUUACUCGCUGUGCUCCCCUCUUUUCCGGCACAGAGCACUAUGCAGCACUAAUAGAUUCCACCCUGCAUACUAUAUACAGACUGUCCAAGGGGCGCUCUCUAACCAAAGCUCAGAGAGACACAAUUGAAGAGUGUCUGCUGUCAAUAUGCCAUCAUAUGCGGCCCUCAAUGCUCCAGCAGCUCCUGCGGCGUCUUGUUUUUGAUGUCCCCUUGCUCAGUGAAUACUGCAAAAUGCCUCUGAAGCUUUUGACAAACCAUUAUGAACAGUGCUGGAAAUAUUACUGCCUGCCUUCAGGAUGGGGCAGCUACGGUUUGGCGUCAGAGGAGGAACUGCAUCUGACUGAGAAGCUGUUCUGGGGGAUUUUUGAUUCCCUUUCACAUAAGUUCCUAUCUCUCCUGCAGAAGUAUGAUGCUGAACUUUUCAGAAUGUGCAUGCCCUGUCUCAGUGCAAUAGCUGGAGCUCUGCCACCAGAUUAUGUUGACACCAGAAUUAAAGCAACACCUGAGAAGCAGAUGUCAGUGGAUGCUGAAGGAAACUUUGAUCCAAAACCCAUUAAUACUGCCAACCUCACAUUACCUGAGAAGCUGGAAUAUAUUGUCAAUAAAUUCGCAGAGCACUCCCAUGAUAAAUGGGCCUAUGACAAGCUACACAGUGGAUGGAAGUAUGGAACGACUCUUGAUGAAAAUACAAAAUCCCACCCUCUGCUGAGACCCUUCAAGACACUAGCUGAAAAGGAGAAAGAAAUUUAUCGUUGGCCUAUAAGAGAAUCUGUGAAAACUAUGCUAGCAAUCGGAUGGAGUGUAGAAAGAACUAAAGAAGGAGAAGCCCUAGCACUGCAUCGGGAAAAUGAAAAGAUGCGUAGCAUAUCCCAAACAAGCCAGGGCAAUGGCUACACACCUGUCGCAAUUGAUCUGAGCAAUGUUGUCCUCUCCAGGGAGCUCCAGGGAAUGGUUGAAGUAAUGGCAGAAAAUUACCACAAUAUAUGGGCAAAAAAGAAGAAGAUGGAUUUGGAGACUAAAGGUGCAGGAAGCCAUCCACUGUUGGUACCCUAUGAUACCUUAACGGCAAAAGAAAAGGCAAGGGAUCGUGAAAAAGCCCAGGAACUUUUCAAGUUCCUCCAAGUAAAUGGAUAUGCUAUAUCCAGAGGAUUGAAGGAUAUGGAGUUAGAUGCUUCUUCCAUGGAGAAGAGAUUUGCCUUUAAAUUUCUCAAGAAAGUUCUGCAUUACGUUGAUUCGGCUCAGGAAUUCAUUGCACAUUUAGAGGCAGUUGUUGGGAGUGGUAAAAGUGAAAAAUCCCCACAUGAACAAGAAAUCAAGUUUUUUGCCAAAGUUCUUUUACCACUCGUUGACCAGUACUUUAAGAACCACUGCCUAUAUUUUCUCUCUUCUCCAAUUAAAACUCUCAGCAGUAGUGGCUAUGCAUCCAACAAGGAGAAAGAAAUGGUGGCAAGUCUGUUCUGCAAACUGGCAGCUCUUGUCAGACAUAGGAUAUCAUUGUUUGGGAGUGAUUCUACUACUAUGGUGAGCUGUUUACACAUUCUGGCCCAGACUCUUGACACACGCACUGUAAUGAAGUCUGGAUCUGAGCUGGUGAAAGCUGGGGUUCGUGCUUUCUUUGAAAAUGCAGCAGAAGAUUUGGAAAAGACAUUAGAAAAUCUCAAGCUGGGGAAAUUUACUCAUUCUAGGACUCAGAUGAAGGGAGUUUCUCAGAACAUCAACUACACCACAGUGGCCCUCCUUCCUAUACUAACUUCCAUUUUUGAACAUGUGGCUCGUCAUCAGUUUGGAGUGGAUUUGCUGUUGGAUGAUGUUCAAGUUGCCUGCUACCGGAUCCUCUGCAGCCUUUACUCACUUGGAACAGGAAAAAACAUCUAUGUUGAAAGGCAACGACCUGCCCUAGGAGAAUGUCUGGCAGCUCUAGCUGGAGCUAUUCCUGUGGCUUUUCUUGAGCCAUCAUUAAACCACAACAAUCCACUCUCCGUUUUCAAUACCAAAUCUCCUCGGGAGAGAGCCAUUCUAGGCAUGCCAGACACAGUGGAAGAGAUGUGUUGUGAGAUGCCACACCUAGACGGUCUCAUGAAAGAGAUUAAUGACUUGGCUGAAUCUGGAGCGAGGUACACGGAGAUGCCACAUGUUAUUGAGGUCAUCCUUCCAAUGCUAUGCAACUACCUUUCUUAUUGGUGGGAGAGAGGCACAGAGAAUGUGCCAGAAAAUGCUAGGCCAUGCUGUACUCAGGUGACUUCAGAACACCUCAGUGUCAUACUGGGCAACAUCCUGAAAAUUAUUAACAACAAUUUGGGAAUAGAUGAAGCAUCUUGGAUGAAGAGAAUUGCAGUCUAUGCUCAGCCAAUUAUCAGCAAAGCCCAGCCAGACCUUCUAAAGAGCCAUUUUAUUCCCACGCUGGAGAAACUGAAGAAGAAAGCAAUAAAGAUUGUGCAAGAGGAGGAGCAGCUGAAAGCAGACAGCAAGUCUGACACUCAGGAAGCAGAGUUACUAAUUCUGGAUGAGUUUGCAGUUUUAUGUAGAGACCUCUAUGCUUUCUAUCCUAUGUUGAUCAGAUACGUAGACAACAACAGGUCAAACUGGCUGAAAAAACCAGAUGUCGAUUCUGAUGAUCUGUUCAGAAUGGUGGCAGAAGUUUUCAUUCUUUGGUGUAAAUCACAUAAUUUUAAAAGAGAAGAACAAAAUUUUGUAAUUCAGAAUGAGAUCAAUAAUUUGGCAUUUCUCACUGGAAACAACAAGAGUAAGAUGUCUAAACCCAUACAAGUGAAGUCUGGAGGGCAAGAUCAGGAGAGGAAGAGAACAAAGCGCAGAGGAGACCUUUAUUCCAUACAGACAUCCCUGAUUGUGGCUGCCUUGAAAAAGAUGCUACCCAUUGGGCUGAACAUGUGCACCCCGGGGGAUCAGGAACUAAUUUCACUUGCAAAGAGCCGAUAUAGCCUUAAAGACACAGAUGAAGAAGUAAAAGAACACCUAAGCAGCAACCUCCAUCUGCAAGAGAAGUCUGAAGACCCUGCAGUGAAAUGGCAGCUGAAUCUGUACAAGGAUAUUCUAAAAAGCGAGGAGACGGAUCCCGAGAAGGCUAUUGAGCGUGUUCAGAAAAUAUCUGCGGCUGUCUUCCAUCUUGAACAGGUGGAGCAGCCAUUGAGAUCUAAGAAAGCUGUCUGGCACAAGCUCCUGUCGAAGCAGAGGAAGCGAGCUGUUGUGGCCUGUUUUCGCAUGGCUCCUUUGUACAAUCUGCCAAGACACAAAAUUAACAAUUUCUUCCUGAGCUCCUACCAACGUAUAUGGCUGGAAAAAGUACAUGAGAACUCAGACUAUGACAGUCUAAUACUCGUGUUAACGAAACCCAAGAAGAAAGAUGAAGAAGAAGAGGAAGAGACAGAGAAAAAGCCAGAUCCUCUUCACCAGAUUAUUUUACACUUCAGUCGCAAUGCUCUUACUGAGAGGAGUAAGUUGGAGGAUGAUCCACUGUAUACAGCAUAUGCAGCAAUGAUGGCAAAGAGCUGUCAAAAUGAAGAAGAAGAUGAGGAAAAAGAAAAAACAUUUGAAGAAAAAGAAAUGGAAAAACAAAAGACAUUAUACCAGCAGGCCCGUCUACAUGAGAGGGGGGCUGCUGAGAUGGUGCUACAGAUGAUCAGUGCAAGUAAAGGUGAAAUGAGCCCUAUGGUUGUGGAAACGCUCAAACUUGGAAUAGCGAUUCUAAACGGUGGCAAUACAGUGGUACAACAGAAAAUGUUAGAUUACUUGAAAGAGAAAAAGGAUGCAGGAUUUUUCCAGAGUUUGUCUGGCUUAAUGAUGUCAUGCAGUGUUCUUGACUUGAAUGCAUUUGAAAGACAGAACAAAGCAGAAGGCCUUGGAAUGGUUACAGAAGAAGGAACACUCAUUGUCCGGGAACGAGGUGAGAAGGUUUUGCAGAAUGAUGAGUUUACAAGGGACCUUUUUAGAUUCCUGCAACUGCUGUGUGAAGGACACAACAAUGACUUUCAGAAUUUCCUCAGAACCCAGAUGGGCAAUACCACUACUGUAAAUAUUAUUAUUAGCACCGUGGAUUAUCUUCUCCGUCUCCAGGAAUCUAUCAGUGACUUCUACUGGUACUACUCAGGGAAAGAUGUGAUUGAGGAAUCUGGACAGCACAACUUUUCCAAGUCUCUGGCUGUUACCAAACAAAUAUUCAACUCGCUCACAGAAUACAUUCAGGGCCCAUGCAUAGGGAACCAGCAGAGUUUGGCACACAGUAGGCUAUGGGAUGCUGUGGUUGGUUUUCUCCAUGUCUUUGCAAACAUGCAAAUGAAAUUGUCACAGGACUCUAGCCAGAUUGAACUGCUUAAACAGCUCCUUGAUCUCCUUCAAGACAUGGUGGUCAUGCUACUCUCUCUUCUAGAAGGCAACGUAGUUAAUGGAACUAUUGGAAAACAAAUGGUUGACACUCUUGUAGAAUCUUCCAGCAAUGUUGAAAUGAUACUUAAGUUCUUUGACAUGUUCCUAAAGCUGAAAGACCUAACUAGCUCUGAUGCAUUUAAAGAGUAUGACCCAGAGGGGAAAGGUAUUAUCUCCAAAAAAGAGUUCCAAAAAGCCAUGGAGGGGCAAAAACAAUAUGCACAGUCUGAAAUUGAAUUCCUUCUCUCUUGUGCUGAAGCAGAUGAAAAUGACAUGUUUAACUAUGUUGAAUUUGUAGACAGAUUUCAUGAACCAGCUAAAGAUAUUGGAUUUAACGUGGCUGUUCUGUUGACUAAUCUCUCUGAGCAUAUGCCAAAUGAUUCACGACUCCAGUGUUUGUUGGAUCCUGCAAACAGUGUACUGAACUACUUUUCUCCAUACUUGGGUCGUAUUGAAAUAAUGGGCGGAGCAAAAAGAAUAGAGAGAGUAUAUUUUGAGAUAAGUGAGUCAAGCCGGACACAGUGGGAAAAGCCACAAGUCAAGGAAUCCAAGAGACAAUUUAUUUUUGAUGUGGUCAAUGAAGGUGGAGAACAGGAAAAAAUGGAGCUUUUUGUUAAUUUCUGUGAGGACACAAUUUUUGAAAUGCAGCUGGCGUCUCAAAUUUCUGAGUCAGACACAGCUGAUAGGCCUGAAGAAGAGGAAGAGGAGGAACCUCAUCACCUGCUUGAAGUUGGUGAAGAAGACGAGGAAGAAAAGUCUUUGGAAUCUUCUUCUGCUUUUAUUGUAGCUUGCACAGCACUUAGGAAAAACACUUCAGAUUUCUUCAAAAUGCUAACUUUAAAGAACGUUAGUAAACAGUUUAGGAAGGUGAAAAAAAUGACAAUUAAAGAAUUAGUGAAAGUUUUCUUCUCAUUUUUCUGGACGCUAUUUGUUGGUCUGUUCCAAUUUGUGUUUACUAUAGUAUGGGGAAUAUUCCAGAUACUUUGGAGCACUGUGUUCGGAGGUGGCUUAGUUGAAGGGGCCAAAAACAUUAAAGUUACAAAAAUAUUAGGAGACAUGCCUGAUCCCACUCAGUUUGGAAUCCACGACGAUGUCCUGGAAAAUGAAAAAGCAGAUGCCCCUGAACACACUUCAUCAGCAGAACUUGCCCAUCUUGUAAAAGGAGAUAAAGGAGAGAUUGAUAUGCCUGAUAUAUUUGGUUUACAAGCCAAAAAGGAAGGCUCUAAGCAUGGUCCAGAAAUUGGCCUAGGUGACUACACUGAGAAUGUAGGAACAGAGAAUACAACGAGCUUGGAAAGUGCUGUCCACAAACAAAGAAAGGCUCUUGAAGCAGAACUUGCUAAAGAACAUGAGGACAACUCAAAAGCUGAAUCGGAGAAGGCUGACAUGGAGGAUGGCGAGAAAAAGGACAAAGCUAAAACUGAGGAACAGUCUGAAUUCUUGGAAAGCAAAGGAGAACCAAGGAAGAAGAGGAGACGUGGACAGAAAAAAGAAAAGCCUGAAGCAUUUAUGGCAAAUUUCCUGGCAGGAUUGGAGAUCUACCAAACCAAAAUGCUAAAUUAUCUGGCAAGAAAUUUCUACAACCUACGAUUCCUUGCUCUGUUUGUUGCAUUUGCCAUUAACUUCAUUUUAUUGUUCUACAAGGUAACGGAGGAACCAGCUAGUGAUGACACAGAUAAUGAACCAAAUCUCUGGAACACAUAUCAGGAAGAUGAGGAGGAAGCAGAGGGAGCCGUUUACUUUGUUCUACAGGAAUCUACUGGCUACAUGGCUCCAACAUUGCGUAUCCUGGCUGUUAUUCACACCAUCAUUUCUUUUGUCUGUGUUAUUGGAUAUUACUGUCUUAAGGUCCCUCUGGUGGUAUUUAAACGUGAAAAGGAAAUUGCUCGCAAUGUGGAGUUUGAUGGCCUAUACAUCACAGAGCAGCCCUCAGAUGAUGACAUUAAGGGGCAAUGGGAUCGCCUUGUCAUCAAUACUCCGUCUUUCCCUAAUAACUACUGGGAUAAGUUUGUUAAGAGGAAGGUCAUCAAUAAAUAUGGAGACUUAUAUGGAGCAGAUAGAAUUGCCGAACUCCUUGGAUUGGAUAAAAAUGCUCUGGAUUUUAGCCCUGUAGAAAAGACCAAAAUAGAGGCGGGAUCACUUGUAUCAUGGCUGAGUUCAAUUGACAUGAAGUACCAUAUCUGGAAGCUUGGAGUGGUUUUUACUGACAAUUCAUUCCUUUACCUUGCCUGGUACACAACCAUGUCAAUACUUGGACACUACAACAACUUCUUCUUUGCAGCUCAUCUCUUAGACAUUGCAAUGGGGUUCAAGACCCUAAGAACCAUUCUCUCCUCAGUUACCCACAAUGGAAAACAGCUGGUGCUCACAGUCGGUCUUCUGGCAGUAGUUGUUUAUCUCUACACUGUUGUGGCCUUCAACUUCUUCCGAAAAUUUUACAACAAAAGUGAAGAUGAAGAUGACCCCGAUAUGAAGUGUGAUGACAUGAUGACGUGUUAUCUGUUCCACAUGUAUGUGGGUGUGAGAGCCGGAGGUGGCAUUGGAGAUGAGAUUGAAGACCCUGCCGGUGACCCUUACGAGAUGUAUCGUAUUGUGUUUGACAUCACCUUCUUCUUCUUUGUUAUCGUCAUACUUCUAGCCAUUAUUCAAGGUUUGAUUAUUGAUGCUUUUGGAGAACUGAGAGAUCAACAAGAACAAGUGAGGGAAGACAUGGAGACAAAAUGUUUCAUUUGUGGAAUCGGAAAUGAUUACUUUGACACAACACCGCACGGCUUUGAAACACACACCUUACAAGAGCACAAUUUGGCCAACUAUCUGUUCUUCCUUAUGUAUAUAAUUAAUAAAGACGAAACGGAACACACUGGCCAGGAAUCUUAUGUCUGGAAAAUGUAUCAGGAGAGAUGUUGGGAUUUCUUCCCAGCAGGUGACUGUUUCCGCAAACAGUAUGAAGACCAACUCGGAUAAUAAUUGAACAUUUCACUGAAAGCAAGAUUCAUGGGGAGGAGACUGCAACAAAGACUUACCCAAACGGACACAUUUACCCAUAGUCCACAUCUUCCCAACAGUGCCACCACCUGCCUGUGGAUGUGUAUUAUAUAAGCAGGUCUGCAGACAAAUGUGCAACAAAAUAAGAGAUUUACAGAACAAAAAAUAUCACUACGAUGCAUCAAUAAACCAGUGCUACACCAUGCUCAUUUAGCCGUAGUGCAUUUUUCAAGUCACUUAAAACCUAAAAGAAAGUAACUACGAUUUGGAGCAAACCAGUGAGGACUAACGGGAAAAGUUUACAAAUCAGUGAUAUUCAGCCUGACUGCAUCUGCUUCCCAGAAAAUCUUGAUUUUUGUCAGUGAUAAAACCAUGGGCAGACAUCUCAUUAGAAAAAUGUCAUACAUUUAACUGCCCAAGGACUAAAAAGGGCUAAUUGGCACACAUACUUAGUGCACAAAACUCCCAUCACAUCAGCUGCUAUGUCAGUUUCUCCUAUCACAGCAGCUGAAGUGCAGGUUUAUUGUAAAAGUUUGAAACCACUUAUUAAUGCAGACUCACCCAACAAUUAGAAAUGAUUCUGUGUCUGGAGAAGCAUGCAGUUUUCUUUUUUUUUAACUUUGCCAAUGAGGCUUUUAAGGAUGUCAUUUAAAACAAAAAAAUAAUUAUCAGACGCUAGUCACAGACGUCAAGUUAAUCGAAGUUUGUUGCGACUGUUUGUAAGGAUGUUUAUGCUAUGAAGCCUAAAGGAAUUCAGUUGGAUGUACACAGGCUGAAAUGGUCAUGGCUGGCCUUAGGUAUUAACGGUAAGCUUCUGGAUAUCUCUGUGGCUGAGAGCUCUAACUAUACAAGUUUACCUAUGUAAGACAGUCUAGUGUGACACAAUGGUAGCAUUUACCUAUAGAGAUGGAGAAGCAGCUUCAGGCAGUUGAAGGAAAAGGUAGUAAAGGAAAAGUUAAUUCUUAACACUUUUUCGACCAUGAACUUAAUCGAUUAAGUGCCUUAACCGUCUGUAGACGUAGCUAUGCAAGACUUUUUUUUUCCUUUCUUUCAUGUUAGUAUAUUAGAUAAAUAAAAUACACAUAUGUUGUGCUGUUCUUUGUCUUACUGUAUGAAAUGAGAAACUGCAUUCAGUUGCUAUUUAGUUUUUCUUUCAAUGACAGUUUACUGUUAUUUAAAGAAACUGGAAUGUAUCUUAAAUUAUAUUCUCUUAAAUGGAAAUAUUAUGCCAAAUUCAAGCACUGCUUUCUGGUCAUUGGUAAGUGCUGUAGUGAAGCUGCUAACUUUAUGCAUUUUUCUUCAAAUACAAUAAAGUGCCCAUCGCAAUAAAUAAAUUAUGAACCAGCUGA